AUGUAUCUCAUUGUUCUUUCCUACCAUUUCCCUCCUCCUCCUUCUCCUCUUUCUUCUUCUUCUUCUUCUUCUUCUUCUUCUUCUUCUUCUUCUUCUUCUUCUUCUUCUUAUUAUUAUUAUUAUUAUUAUUAUUAUUAUUAUUAUUAUUAUUAUGUCCAUUCACUUACGGAGGCGUCACUUCAAAUAUCUAUCUAUCUAUCUAUCUAUCUAUCUAUCUAUCUAUCUAUCUAUUUGAGGCUAUAUCUAUCUCUGUGCCUACGAUGUUUCUUUCUUUAUCAAUCUUUCUUUCUUUCUUUCUUUCUUUCUUUCUUUCGGCCUGAGUCUAUUUAUAUCUAUCUCGGUGUUCGUUACUUCUUGUUUCUAUCACAAUCCACUUAUAAUUUCUUUCUUUCUUUCUUUCUUUCUUUCUUUCUUUCUUUCUUUCUUUCUUUCUUUCUAGGCCUACGAUGUUUCUUUCUUUAUCAAUCUUUCUUUCUUUCUUUCUUUCUUUCUUUCUUUCUUUCUUUCUUUCUUUCUUUCUUUCGGCCUGAGUCUAUUUAUAUCUAUCUCGGUGUUCGUUACUUCUUGUUUCUAUCACAAUCCACUUAUAAUUUCUUUCUUUUCUUUCUUUCUUUCUUUCUUUCUUUCUUUCUUUCUUUCUUUCUUUCUAGGCCUACGAUGUUUCUUUCUUUAUCAAUCUUUCUUUCUUUCUUUUCUUUCUUUUCUUUCUUUCUUUUUCUUUCUUUCUUUCUUUCUUUCUUUCUUUCUUUAGGCCCACGAUGUUUCUUUCUUUAUCAAUCUUUCUUUCUUUUUCUUUUUUCUUUCUUUUUCUUUCUUUCUUUCUUUCUUUCUUUCGUUCACCCAAUCAAUCUGUUCACAUAG